UCUUCCUCUGGUCUCCCUCCUCCGCUGCUCCUCCUCUUCCCUACUGCCGGAGCUAAACUGCUGCCGUCCUCCUCUCACCGGCCACCGCACAUUUGUUUUGUCCUUAUUACGGUUAUUCCUAUUGUCGUCCACCCACACCGUUUUUACCAUCCACAUUCUCUUCUCAUUUGCGGUUCUGCUCUUCAACAAAAAUGAAUCCAGACCGCAGCUGGAUGUAUACGAGGCAUGACAGAGGCUUCCUGCCGCCAGAUUUUUUCCCUAAUCUUGAAGAGUUCGUGAAUUUUGCUGUGCAACAUCCCGAGUGUAUGAAUGGAGAAGAGAUAAAAUGCCCAUGUUCUAGGACAAAAUGUAGAAAUACGAAUUUUCGAGAUGUCGAAGUUGUGAAACUACAUGUCUUGCAGUCUGGGUUUGUUCCAGAUUACUAUGUCUGGAUUCACCACGGUGAGGUGAAUGUCCCUCCUGUUGUUCAGCAGCCGGUUAAUGAAUACGAUUACUAUAAUGAGGGAGGGGGAGAUUUAAACUCCGGUCAGAGAAUGGUUAUUGAUGCUGCUGGUCCUGAAGUUUUUGAGGAAGAGACCCCGAAUGAAGAAGCUCAGAAGUUUUUUGAUAUGAUGAGUGCGGCAGAAGAAGAAAUAUGGCCCGGAAAUAGCAGACACUCACCCCUGUCCGCAUCUGUUGAAAUUUUGGAUAUUAAGUGUCGACAUCAGGGGUCGAUAUCUUUAAUUGACGACACCUGCCGUUUAUUACAAGAACUGCUUCCAGAGAACAACAAAAUGCCAAAAUUUUUUGCUAAUAUCAAGAAGCUGGUGAAAGGUCUCGGGUUGCCGGUUGAGGUUAUUGAGUGCUGUUUGCACAACUGUAUGAUUUACUGGGGGGCGGACGAGGAUUUAACCCACUGCAAAGUUUGCACAUUUCCUCGGUGGAAACCUGUUACGAAAAGCAAUUCGGCCAAAAGAAGGGCUAACGUUCCUUAUAAAAAAAUGUUUUAUUUCCCUUUAACUCCGAGGCUGCAAAGGUUGUACGCUUCCAAAGCCACGGCUAAACAUAUGACAUGGCACGGCUAA